AUGAGUAAAUUAUCAACAGAUGCCAAGCCCAAGCACGAUCACUGCCCGAGCGGAGAAAAUUCGUGGUGCUCGUGGCAAAGGGCCAAGGCCACUGGAACUUUGGACGAAUAUACACAUAAACCUUCUUUACAUGAAGAAGUAUACAAGGCUAUAACUCCAAUUUAUGAAAAAUUAACCAGUGAUGACCUAUUCAUUCGUUGCAUAGGCGGCUUCACUCAAAACAGUAAUGAGAGUUUCAACGCUACAGUAUGGUCGAUGGCCCCGAAAGUGACAUCCAGUGGCAAAAAUGUACUUGACACAGCUAUAUAUAUUGCUGCAGGUACUUAUAAUGAUGGCCUCACAAGUGCCAUGAGAGUCAUGCAGAACAUAGGCAUCAAAAUUGGGCCGAACUGCUACAAUUACUGUCAAGAGACUGAUAAAAACCGCAUCAAAUUAUCCGAUCGUUCGCUCUCAGAUGCUGCAAGAAGGUCUCGAAUCGAAAAGAAGGCAUCCAGAAAGGAAGAAAAUGAGUUCCACGUGUCUAUGGAAGGUGACAUAUACGGCGCAGGCAUCGCAGACUGA